AAAUCGAACGCAUCCAUCUUUCUCCUUCAUAAGGGGAGUCCGUCAAGUUUGUGUGAAGUUGUGAAAAGUUGUGUCAACCCGAAAAAAAGAGCAGAGAAACUCCUCCCGUCUUCAAAUUAUGAGCAAUCAACAGCAGGGUGAAAUGGCCGCAGUGGAGAGCGGCGGAGGCUACAGUCAAAAGCGAAACACAGGAAAUUCACAAGACUCACAGCAGCCAUCUCCUCUCGCCUUGUUGGCAGCCACUUGCAGUCGAAUCGACACCCCAGGAGAGGGUGAUUCAUCUGCAGACCAACAACAACAAAACCAGCAGCAACAGCUGGACCUUAACCAGGGUGUUUUCACCUCCACAGCCAAUGGCUGGCAGGUUAUUCCUCUUAGCGUUCAAACAACUUCAGGCACUCACACUAUCACCACCGACUCCUCAGGGGCCAUGACAAUAGGAGACAUAGGCAAGUGCAGGCAGGUGUUGUCACCAUCAGCAGUUGCUGUGAGCACCCAGCAGCAGCAGCAUCAACAGCCGCAGCAAUACGUAGUAGCUCAGGCUCCAUCAAUGCACGGGCAGCAGGUGCUUACCACCAUGUCAGGUAUGAUGCCCAACAUUCAGUACCAGAUUAUUCCCCAGUUUCAGACGAUAGAUGGCCAGCCUCUGCAGUUGGCACAUGCUCAGCAGGAUAAUGCUGUAUCUGCUGCUGGAGCAGGGCAGCAGUUUCAGAUAGUGUCAUCCUCCAAUGGCCAGCAGAUCCUUGCUACGACCAACAGAGCUGGGGCUGGAGGAAACAUCAUAACAAUGCCCAGUCUCCUCCAGGGAGCCAUCCCUAUACAAAAUAUAAGCUUAGGCAAUGGCAUGUUACAAAACCAACCCCAGUUCCUGGCAAAUAUGCCUGUGUCAUUAAAUGGGAACAUCACUUUGUUGCCUGUCAGCACUGGAACAAGCGGAGGGGGAGAUGGAAGUGGUGGAGGGGAUACAGGGGGGAACCAACUUAUACAGCAACAUCCAGUGUCCAGCGCAGCAGGUUACAUGACGAGUGCGUCGACUGUCACCACGCAGUCCUCUUCUUAUGGAAUCGCCCAAACGCACAACAGCAAUGGAGUAACCUUCCAGCAGAGCACAGCAUCUUCUCUGGGUGUCCCCAUACAGCCAGACAACAGAGACGGGCAGCAGCCACAGCAGAUCCUUAUCCAGCCUCAGCAGAUUAUCCAAGGUGGAACACCCCUCCAGACCAUCCAGGCGGGCACUGUCACGACGGCUGGGGGUCAGGUCUUUGCGACUCCGACACUCAGCCAGGAAGGGCUUCAAAAUCUUCAAAUCAUGCCAAACACAGGUCCCAUCCUCCUGCGCACUGUAGGCCCCAAUGGCCAGGUGAGCUGGCAGACCAUUCAGAUCCAGAGUCCAACGGGACCUCAGUUAACGCUGGCCUCGAUGCAGUCUCUGCCUCAACUCGGCCAGGCUCAGGGUGCUGCAGCUGGUGGAGUAUCUGUCAACACAGUGCAAAUCCCAGGCCUCCAGACCAUAAAUCUCAACACGAUCGGAGGCUCUGGACUGCAGAUGCACCAUCUGCAGAACGUUCCCAUCUCCAUCGCGAGCUCAGCAGUUGACCAGGCGCUACAGGCGGAUGGGGAGAGUUUGGAUGACGGUGCAGCUAUGGACGAUGAAGAUUUAAGCCCACAACCUCAAGGGAGACGUAACCGCAGGGAAGCCUGCACCUGCCCCUUCUGCAAGGACGGAGAGGGACGCAGGGACCCAAAUAAAAAGAAGCAGCACAUUUGUCACAUCCCUGGCUGUGGGAAGAUCUACGGCAAGACGUCCCACCUGAGGGCUCACCUGCGUUGGCACACGGGAGAACGACCCUUCGUCUGCGGCUGGUCUUUCUGUGGCAAACGCUUCACCCGUUCAGAUGAGCUUCAGCGCCAUAAGAGGACGCACACCGGUGAAAAAAGGUUUGUUUGCACAGAGUGUCCCAAACGCUUCAUGCGCAGCGAUCACCUCUCCAAGCACAUCAAGACCCACUUGAACAAGAAAGUAGUCGCCAGCAGCAGCAGCACAGUCUCCACCGACGCGGCCUCCCCUACAGGAACAAAAGUCGUCACAGGCGCCGUGUCAGCCGGUGACCAGCACACCAUUGUCACCAUGGAGACCUUAUCCGCAGAGAGCAUAGCUCGAUUAGCCAGCAGCGGGAUCAACAUGAUGCAGGUGGACCUUCACCAUAUUAACGGAAACAGCUACUAAGAACUGUGUUUGAGCAGGAGGACUGCGUUAGUGGAUGAUGCAUUUGGACAUUUGGGGUAAAAAAAGGCAUGUGGGACUGCAGAAACAGAACCUGUCGGAUGCUUCAGGCGGGAGAGUGGUCUCAGAUGCAACACUAUUGAUUUUCGUAAUUGAGGCAGGAAUAUAAAUUUAAAUGCCUUGUAUUUAAAUGCCUGUAGCGUUCAGAGUUGGAUGAAAAUGUUUGGUUAAACUGUAUUUCCCCUAAAAUGAAAUGUCACUACACCAACAUUUGACCCACACAGACUCAGUCCUGCUUGAUAGUGGGAUUGCAGUACCACACAGACUGGCAGGCUUGAUAUUAAAUUGGUAACUUGUAAUACUCUCUCUAUGCUUCUUAGUAAGGAGAAACACUAUUAAGAGACCCUCUAACUUGUUUCCAAGGUGAGCUCAGCCUCCUGUCCUCCUAAACACCAAGUGUUACCAGACAGGGCUGCUGUAUUUGGCUUAAAAGCCAAUAAUGCUAAAUUCAUCCCUAAAAAAUCCUAACAAUUAAGAGCAGUAAACAUGUUGUUUCUCUCACAUUUCUGGGUUUGCUCUGUUCACAAACUAACGAUCAGUGUCUUGGGGAUAAUGUGGAGAGCGAUCAGAGCGCUGGAAUUGAGCUCAGAGCCAGGACUGCUAAUCAGUAUGAGGAUGUAGGUGUGUCAGGGCACUGAAAUCCUGAGAAUAACUCUUUAACCUCUUAUGUAGGUACCUAUUCAAGCCAUCAAGCUUUGAUAUGUUUAUCAUAGCAAAACAUUUUCAUUUUUUUAUGUAUAUAUUUUUCGGGAAAUGUAAAGGCUACAGAAAUUCUCAGCAUGGGCAGGAUCAUCUUUGCAGGAGAUUGCCUCCGUUUUAUGAAUCUGUCAUGCACAAUCAAAUCUUAAUCUUAUGUUAUUACUUUUACAUAUAUAUGUAGAUUACAUGUUUAAAUUUAAGAGCCUUUCUGCCAUAGAAUAAUGUGUUCUAUACAGAUCAGAUCUUCCCAGUACUUUUUCCCUGAGGUAUACUUAUCAUCUUUGCCUUGCAGUCUUGUCAUUUUGUUUUAUUUCGAUGGAAAACUGUUUAUUUUUAGAAUAUAUGGAGAGAAGUAUUUUGUAAUGUCCAGACAGCAUAAAUAUGUAAGCUCAAAACCAAAGGUUCAUUCUCAUUUAAAGCAAAACUAGGGAAUCUUUCUUUGGUCAGUCAACUUUCUAAUGAUUUUUUACUUGUGGUAUGCAGAUGUUAAAGGUCUAACUGGAAAAUAUCUAGCUUGAGGCACAGCACCGGACACACAUCCUUUUGUUUAAUUAAAGUAGCAAAAUGUAACGGUGUAAUGCAAGGGUCAACAUUUUUUCUGGAAAGAUCAUUCUCACCACAGUUCUUUGCUUCAGGAAUCAGAUUUAUUUGAAAAAUUACCUUCAAUUAUGUCAGGAAUUCUACGUUUAAAAUGUUCCUUUUGAAACUCUAUAAACAAAGUUCAUUGGAAAACAAGUGCUCUUAUUUGUUCACCCCAUUUUAAUAAGGGAUUUUAUAUUGUCUGUAAACAACUACUGCAAACGCCAACAGCUAGAUUAAAAUUAUGAAUAUA